GGUCCAAGGAGCAGACUGAAGCUUUCAUAAAGCUGAGGGGAAACACGAGCAGCUCCUGGCCGCUGUGGGAUGGAGGUUCCUCUGGGAUGCUGCUCCAGUGUCUUACGGUCCGACCCGACGGAUCAGAUGGUGGUGCUCUGCUCCAGCACUGCACCACCAACCGGACCAGAACCAGAAUCAUCCGACCCGCCAUCAAACUCUCUGAUGAGCCCACUCAAACCAGAACCAGAAAGAGACCGCCGCCUCAAAACUCCGACCCCUCCAGGCAAAGUGUGGCCCGACGCCAGCGCCGCAGGUCAGCUGACCUGCAGCAGGAGGAGGAAGAGGAGGAAGAGGAUGGGGGGCUGGUAGAGGAAGACACGAGUGAUCCCAACUGGACCCCAACAAGAGACUCCCAGCAUGCACCUGUGCAGCAGGACUCAGACUCCCAGCAUGCACCUGUGCAGGCGGUGAAGCUGGAGCCGGACAGCACAGUGUGUGACGUUUGUGGGAAGGUGAUGAAGAACAAGUCGAGCCUGGCGCGUCACUCCUUCAUCCACACGGGGAAGAAGCCGUUCUCCUGCCACCUCUGCGAGCUGCGCUUCAAUCGUCGUGACAACCUGCAGUACCACCUGACACACCUCCAUCCUGACGGCGUCGGCAGACGAGAGAAGCGGCGCUCGGCGGCGUGGCUCUGCGCCGUCUGUGGGAAGACGUUCAGCUGUCGAUCCCGUCUGAAGACGCACGAGGUCAUCCACUCGGGCGUGAAGCCGCACCGCUGCCACCUCUGUCCUAAAGCCUACAUGAGGCUCAACGACCUGGAGCACCAUAAGAAGGUGGUGCAUGAGUCCGGUGGYGCCGAGCCCCAGCAGCCCGCCUCCCUGCUCUGUGACCUGUGCGGUAAAGAGUUCAAGUGCAGGUCGCAGCUCGUCAUCCACUUCCAGACGCACACGGGUGAACGACCCCACCUCUGUGACAUCUGUGGACGCAAGUUUGCCCGYCAGUACCAGCUGAAGCGCCACAAAAUCCUGCUGCAUGCCAAUGUGGGCGCAGGWGAGGCCGCCACGCUGGUGGACGGCGCCUUCGGCUGCCCUAUCUGUGGAAAGAGGCUGAAGUCCCAGGCGCUGCUGGACGCUCACACUCAGACCCACACAGGUGACAAACCCCAUCGCUGCAGCAUCUGCCUGCGUGGCUUCCAGCGCGCCGCCUGCUUGAAGCAGCACCACGCCCGCGUGCACCUGAGGGUGAGGGCUGGAGAGGCGCCGCUGGCCAGCGCCCGCAGAAGGAGCGUGGCCACGCUCAACGCCUUCCCGUGCUCCGUCUGCGGCAGGGUGUUUCGCUUCCGGUCCCUGCUGGCCAGCCACGCCCUGGUCCACAGCGACGUGCGCCCCUUCCACUGUGACUUCUGCAGCCGCUGCUUUCGCCGCCACAGCCACCUGAAGAGGCACUGCGAGGUCGUGCACGCCAACGGAGCGCGCCUGCCCGAGACAUUCAUCUGCCACAUCUGUGGCAAAGACAAGAAGUGCCGCUCGCAGCUCGCCCGACACAUCAUCAUCCACACGGGCGAGCGGCCGUACGCCUGCGACCUCUGCUCCGCCCGCUUCAACCGCCGCGGGAACCUGCAACAGCACCGGAGGCGCAUGCAUGGCGUGGGCAGGCUGGCACAAGAUGAGGCUCCGCCCAUCCUAUUUGAAGAUGAUGAUGUCAUGACCCGCGCUCUAGCUUAUAAACAGGAAGAGACUGUGAUCGCUGUGGAUUCUGCUGGUGAGCUGUGUGACCCUGCGCUGAAUGAUGAUGUCAUCAAGGAAGUAGAAGCUUCUGGUGAGCUGGGUGACCCUGCGCUGAAUGAUGAUGUCAUCAAGGAAGUAGAAGCUUCUGGUGAGCUGUGUGACCCUGCGCUGAAUGAUGUCAUCAAGGAAGUAGAAGCUUCUGGUGAGCUGGGUGACCCUGCGCUGAAUGAUGAUGUCAUGAAGCCACCGGACGCCACCUGACUGAGAUGCUGUUCUGAGCGUGACCACAGGUCUGAGCAGCAGACCUCACCAGUAGAACUGUUCUGUUGUCAUGGAAACCAGACCGAGACAGCUGAUUGGCUGCUCUAGUUUUGUGUCAUCAGUUGGUGGUUCUGAAGAACCACCAACUGAUGAUUGCAGUCUGAACUGUGAAUCAAAGGGGCGGAGUUAAGAGCAGGUUUGAGACACUGGGUCUGUCUUUGUUCGUGGGUUGCAGCCCAGGUAGACCACGACACACGUAGACCACAGCCCACAUAGACCACAGCCCACAUAGACCACGACCCACGUAGACCUUGGCCCACGUUAGGGGUGUGGUCAAUGUGAGCUGCCAUUGCCGGCUGCAGAAACGGCUGUGAAAUGAGACAGUCAAGGCUACAGAAAACAUGUUUGUGUGACCACGCGCUGCCUCGUUAACAUGGUGACAUUUUAUAUCACAUGCCUUCAGUUGUUUUUUUGUUUUUUUUACGAUAAAACUUCGCAACACCCAUUAAAGCGUUAAACGUAACUAAAAUAAAUUAAUUUGUGUUUAGCUUCGGUAUCAGUGCUUGUAGUUUCAUUUUAUUUAACAUCUCAUUGCAGCAUCAAUUUCAGCUAAGUUGCAAAACUUAUAUUUAAAAUAAAUUCUUCGAUUCGUGAUGAUUUUCCAAACUGCGUUAAAAAUAAAUAAACUCAACCAUAAAAAAACUAA